UGUGUGUGGGGAGCGGCUCUCCCAGGCUGCACUCAAGUGACAUUCAGCGCGAACAACACACUCCUAACUCAGCCGGGCAGGCAGCGAGCGAGUCGCACACAGGCGCCAUCCCCCUCAGCUCCUCGGCUCUGGGCUGUUCGCUCGUUUUUGAAACACUACAGGAGAAAGACAACUGUGGGAGAAGCGAAGGGAGCCUGCAGCCAGGCAAUUUCGCCCCUCGCCCCUCUUGACUUGGUCUCCUCUCCUCCUCCUGAGAAAGGGACUCCUGAAGAAUGGGAAGGACCUGCCCGGGCUUUGCCUGCCGUUCUUCCCGCUGAAAAACGGGAAAAGGGAACGGACGAAGGAACUCUAGCAUCGGGGCCAACGCGACUUCGAGGGAAGUUUAAAUCCCUCUCCUCACGCUCUUUCGCGGGCAACGAGGAGCCCCGGUUGCGCUCGGUUCUCCUCAGAACCUGCCUCGCCUCUUCGCCUCAGAAGCGCGCGCAAAGAACUUGGGGCAAAGUCGGCGCGGACCAAUCAAGACUGGCUGUUCAGGAUGCUUUUGCUGCACUGUUCCAUGUCCUACCUUCUGCUGCUGCUACCAUUUAGCUCCUGGACACAGAAGCUGCCAACUAGAGAUGAAGAGCUUUUUCAGAUGCAGAUCCAGGACAAAACAUUUUUCCAUGAUACGUCAGUUCUCCCAGAUGGAGCUGAAAUCAGCAGCUAUCUCUUCAGAGAAACACCCAAAAGGUUUUUUUUUGUAGUUGAGGAAGAUAACACACCCUUAGCAGUUACAGUAACACCUUGUGAUGCUCCUUUGGAAUGGAAGCUGAGUUUGCAGGAGCUUCCAGAAGAGUCCAGUGGAGAUGGCUCAGGUGAACCAGAGCCACUCGAACAGCAGAAACAACAGAUUCUCAAUGAAGAAGGUACAGAGCUGUUCUCCUACAGAGGAAACGAUGUUGAGUAUUUUGUGUCCUCCAGUUCACCUUCUGGCUUGUACCAGUUGGAACUCCUGUCAACAGAGAAAGACACGCACUUUAAAGUGUAUGCCACAACAACUCCGGAGUCAGAUCAACCAUAUCCUGAACUACCUUAUGACCCAAGAGUUGAUGUCACUUCUCUUGGCCGCACAACUGUCACUUUGGCAUGGAAACCAAGCCCUACAGCUUCAUUAAUGAAACAACCUAUGCAAUAUUGUGUGGUCAUUAAUAAAGAGCACAAUUUCAAAAGCCUCUGUGCUGUUGAAGCUAAGCAGAGUGCUGAUGAUGCCUUUAUGAGAGCUCCCAAACCUGGUCUGGACUUCAGCCCAUUUGACUUUGCCCAUUUUGGGUUUUCAUCCAACAGUAAUUCUGGGAAAGAGCGCAGCUUCUUAAAAUCGCCAUCAAAGUUUGGGCGACAGGUCUAUUCAAAGCCUAGAGUUGACCUUGAAAAGAUAUGCAUUGGGAACAAGAACAUCUUUACUGUGUCUGACCUGAAACCUGAUACACAGUACUACUUUGACAUAUUUGCCGUGAAUGUCAACACCAAUAUGAGUACUGCCUAUGUUGGGACUUUUGAAAGAACCAAAGAAGAGGCUAAGCAGAAAACAGUUGAUCUCAAAGAUGGGAAAGUUACAGACGUGUUUGUCAAGAGAAAAGGCUCUAAAUUUUUGCGGUUUGCUCCUGUUUCAUCACACCAAAAGGUUACAUUUUUUGUCCACUCAUGCCUCGAUGCCGUACAGAUCCAAGUCAGAAGAGAUGGGAAACUUCUGUUGUCUCAAAAUGUUGAAGGCGUCCGUCAGUUCCAACUUAGAGGAAAGCCGAAAGCUAAAUACCUCAUUCGACUGAAAGGAAAUAAAAGAGGUGCUUCCAUGCUGAAGAUUUUGGCUACUACAAGGCCUAAUAAACAGUCAUUUCCAUCUCUUCCUGAGGACACACGAAUUAAAGCCUUUGAUAAACUCCGUACAUGUUCCUCAGUCACAGUUGCAUGGCUAGGUACACAGGAAAGGAACAAAUUUUGCAUAUACAGAAAGGAAGUGGAUGACAACUAUAAUGAGGAACAAAAGAAAAGAGAACAAAAUCAGUGCCUGGGGCCAGACUUGAGGAAGAAAUCAGAAAAAGUCCUCUGUAAAUAUUUCCACAGCCAAAACUUACAAAAAGCAGUUACCACAGAGACAAUUAAAGGUCUACAGCCUGGCAAAUCCUACCUUCUGGAUGUUUAUGUCAUAGGACAUGGAGGGCACUCCGUCAAGUAUCAAAGUAAAAUUGUGAAAACAAGGAAAUUCUGUUAGUGGCACUUCUCAUGUGAAAAUCAGCAGAACAUUAAGCAUAUAGACUGACUACUUACACAGCAGAGGAGUUGUGAACUGUAUUGGUACUAUGUAGAGAAGAUAUUAACAUCUAUAUUUAUGUUUACAAGAGCAAAUGAAGGGACUGAGGCUGGUGCUCUUCGUUGGUAUCGGACAGUUGCAUUAUCAUGCGUCUGGUGGUCCAAGUUCAGUGCUCAGUAGACAGCGAAGGUAGCAGGAAAUAUUGAAGGAACUGCCUUUUUCGCUUCCAUAUUGCAUGAAGUGCUUCUAAAUUAUUUUAUUACUUCAAAGGCUAAGAAAAGUCAUUCAGUUACCUUAUUCUUAUGCACAGACACAGAAACAAAACUCCCACACAACCUCUAUCUCUUAGUAGGCUAUAGAGUCAUGUAAAUUAUUUUAUAAAGUCUUGUUUGAAAUGUCUAUGUUUCCAUGAUUGUAAACUAUUAAAAUAUCUUCCCCCUCUCAAAACACAGAUCUAAACUAAGUAUUAACUGGACUACACAGAAGUCAGUUUUAUUGCUAAUGUAAAUUCCUAUCUCGUAAAUUUUAAAUGUUUAAAUACUGUAUGUAUUUCAUGUACAAAAUUGUCAGACAUUAUAUCCCUGUACAUAAAAUUUAAAUAUUAGAUUA